GCAAGACUCGCUCGCAGUCGAUCAGUCCGACAAGAAAAAUAAGUCAAUGACACUGCAUAAUGAUAGCCAAUGGCACGGUAGCAUCCGGUCUGCUAAACGAGGGAGAAUACGGAUGAGUAAGCGCACAGCUUAUCCACAGGCGCCAAGCCGUAGCCCGUCCAGCUCCGCGGCCUCAUUUCAACGCCAGAGUAGAUCUCUUUCUCUGCCCGAUUGUCGCCUGUCUCUUAUUCCUCCCUGCUUCUCGCCUCCGGACUCGCUCGGUCGCUUGGGAGAAAGCGUCGCUCCUUAUUCUUGACCUCGCCCAUCCGUCGCAAGGGCGUGCUGGGUGAUCGAUGGGAACAGCUACCGUUUGCGCAUCACCUUGGUUUGAAUCGUCAUUGACAACAUGGGGCACCCGGUCGUGGAGGGCCAGCCAGAUGCUGGGUUGAGGAGCCUGAAUCAUUAUCGAAAUCAACUCCCCCCUUGGCGAUACUGGCCUCGACAGAAGCUCCUCCCGUUGGUACGAUAUGAGACUCCCUACCUCGCCUGGUGCCAAGAGAAAAUCCGCACGCCAGCAUUGGACUCGUACUUUGCGUUCACGGCCAACCUCGGCACUCAUACGUUUUUCAUGGUCUUUUUGCCGAUCUUGUUCUGGAGCGGAUAUCCAAGCUUAGGACGCGGGAUGGUACAUUUACUGGCCUCCGGUGUCUUCUUCAGCGGUUUCAUCAAGGACCUGGUCUGCCUCCCGCGACCGUUAUCGCCCCCACUGCAGCGGAUCACCAUGUCUGGCUCCGCGGCCCUAGAAUACGGUUUCCCAUCGACUCACUCGACCAAUGCUGUGUCAGUCGCGGUUUACGCUCUUUACCUGCUGAACUCUCCCGAGACGACGCUGAGUGACGGACUCAACCUUUUCCUCCAGAGUAUAACCUAUCUGUACGUUACGUCGAUCGUCCUCGGCCGCUUGUACUGUGGUAUGCAUGGGUUCUUCGACGUUGUAAUUGGGUCAGCGCUGGGUAUUAUAUUGGCUGUAGUGCACUGCGUCUUUGAGACGGCUAUAGAACAGUACGCUCAGACUGGUAGUGGAACGCAGGUGGUGCUUGUUGUCCUCACCAUCCUGGCUCUUGUCCGCCUCCACCCGGAACCCGCAGACGACUGCCCGUGCUUCGAUGAUAGUGUUGCUUUUGCGGGUGUGAUGAUCGGGGCACAGACGGCGUAUUGGAGCUUGGCUAGAGCCAACGCUACCUGGGACACCCCCCAUCCUGCGACUCUCCCCCACUACAGAUAUGAGAAUAUAGGCUGGGCGAAGAUGGGUCUCCGUUUUGUUAUUGGAGUCGUCCUGCUUUUUGCGUGGAGGGAAGCUAUGAAGCCAACUCUGCUGCGGAUUCUCCCGCCGGUGUUUCGUGGGUUGGAGAAGCUUGGCUUGAUUCUUCCCCGUCGGUUCUUUACGAAUGCCUCGCAAUACACCACGGUCCCCGCUCAACUAAAGGACCAUGAAGUGAUGCCAAGCUUCUCCGACAUUCCUUCCAUUGUCGCCAACAUCCGCAACCCGAGACGUCGCGCCAUUUCCAUUGGACCCCAAUCUGAAGCUGACGCCUACGAGACGCUUGCCUACCGCGAGAAGCGCCGACGGGAUAGUCUUUCAAGUCCCUACCGGGGAUCCCCCGCAACAGAAGCCGUCCAGGAAGAAGACGCCUCGACGUCUGCCACAUCCGUUCCGAGAUUGUCGCGGAAACCAUCCAAACUGGAUGAGUACGAGCACAUGAUGGGCCGGGGUACGACCGCCAUCGAUGUUAGAUCUCAGUCUCCCGAGGGCACCGAGCCGUUCCCCGAGUUUGUCUCGGAUGAGCGCGACGAGGAGGAGCUGUUUGCUCAAAUUAAGCGACCGCGUGUACGAUACGAUGUAGAAGUUAUUACGAAGCUGGUUGUAUAUUCAGGGAUUGCGUGGAUUGUUAUUGACGGGGCUGGGGUGCUGUUCGAGCGGAUGGGACUCAUGCCUGCCGAAUGAGGCAGAUGCGAUGAAAUUCACGACGAGUAUGAUUCUCUGGUUCAGCAGGCUGAGCCCACCAGGGAAUGUAGAAAGGCCGGCUGUCUUGUACAUACUUUGGUUCUUGCUCACCUCUUCUGCGAUAUAAACUGUAAUUGGCAAGAUAGUCUCAAUGCAUAGACCGUGAUUCUGCUGG